GGACCAUAACAAGGUAAGAAAAAGGCGAAAUCCUAUGUCAUGGAUGAUGGUGGAUCUGCACUCUGAAUCACUGUGGAAAAAGCGCAAUAAUCAUCAUCAUCAUCAUCAUCAUCAUCAUCAUCAUCAUCAUUUCCAUUUCUCAUUUUUCCAAUUCCCAAUUUGUUUUCUAAUUUCUACCCUUCCCAUUUUGAAUUCUUGAAACUGACAAAAAAAACCUGUGAUGAAUUAUUGAAUUGACGAUUUCUCAGCCCAUCAAUGGCAAGUUUCCUAGGUUUUUGGCACCCACGAACACAGACACCUCUAUUGCACAUAUAUAAUAAUGCAAUGUGUAUGUGUAAGUGAAGAUCCUAACCUUUUCCCCCUAAUCUGCAUGUGUGUUUGUGGUUUUUGCCAUUUUUUCUUCCCUUUUCAUUUUCCCUCUCCUCAAUUUGGGGAAUCCUAGGUUUUCUCUGUUUAAAAAUUUCGACUUUUUUCUAGCCCUUUGAAAAGAUUGAUUCAGUUUCUAUCUAAACCCGGGAAAGGGAAGAUAUGCAAUUAUACAUGCAGAUGUAUGUGUGAAUGAAUGUAAGCCAUCUUUGUGAGUUUUUAAUUAUGGUUUCUGCUUUGGUGGGUUGUUUAUUGGAGUCUGGUUGGGUGCAGCUGAGGAAUUUUUGGUGUGCAUUGGUGAAUUUAUAGUUUCGGUUGUAAUUUGUGUAGUUUAUGCGAUUGUGUUAGGAAAUCUCAAUUUAGGGCUGGCUUUUUCUCAGAUCCCCAAUUUGUUUUUAUCAUCCUUGAUUUGUUAAUUAUGUUUCUGGGCUAGUUUUCUUUCAUUCUCUAUGCUUUACUCCAAAAUGCCUUUUAAUUUGAAACCCUAAAGUAUCAGUCUUUUUUCUUUAGUGCUAUAUUCUUCAACUUUUCCUUGGAAAAAAAAUCAAUAACCCAGAAUGUGGAAGCAAAUUCUUGGUAAAUUGCCUCGGAAGCCUCCGGAUACUGAUUCUCCAAGAAACACCAACCCGGGGCCAAAUUCGUCGUCUGCUGGCGGGCCUGCUGCUAAAAGAGCAGCUUCGGCUGCAGUCUUUCCGGCCAGUGUGAUUGCUGGAAUCGAGCCGUUGCUCGCCUUCAAGGAUGUCCCGAGUACAGAAAAGAUGAAUCUUUUCAUAAGUAAGCUGAGUCUCUGCUGUGUGGUGUUUGAUUUCAUUGAUCCCAUGAAGAAUGUUCAAGAAAAGGAGCUUAAACGAUCCACAUUGCUCGAGCUGCUUGAUUUUGUAUCGCAGAACCCCCCGAAAUUCACAGAGCCCGCUAUUUUAGCAUCCUGCAAGAUGUGCUCGGUUAACUUGUUUCGUGUUUUCCCACCAAGUACGCGGUCUAGUAGCUCGAGUUCAGGUGAAAAUGACAAUGAUGACGAGCCAACGUUUGAUCCGGCCUGGUCGCACUUGCAGAUAGUGUAUGAUUUCCUGCUCAAGUUUGUUACUUCACCCUCUUUGGAAACUAAAGUCGCCAAGAAGUAUAUAAAUUACGCCUUUAUUCUGAGAAUCAUUGACUUGUUUGAUUCAGAGGAUCCCCGGGAAAGGGACUGUUUGAAGGCAAUUCUCCACAGGGUAUAUGGGAAGUUUAUGGUUCAUCGGCCAUUUAUAAGGAAGUGUAUGAGCAGUGUGUUCUAUAGAUUUGUGUUUGAGGCAGAGAAACAUAAUGGGAUUGCAGAGUUGUUGGAGAUUUUUGGGAGUGUGAUCACCGGAUUCGCUCUGCCUCUAAAAGAGGAACACAAAAUAUUUCUUUCAAGGGCACUGAUUCCUCUGCACAAGCCAAAGUCAUUGGGGAUUUACUUUCAGCAGCUGUCAUAUUGUGUGAGUCAGUUUAUUGAGAAGGAGCCGAAGUUGGCUAGUUGCGUGAUUACAGGGCUUUUGAAAUAUUGGCCUGUCACGAAUAGCCAAAAGGAGGUCAUGUUUUUGGGUCAGUUGGAGGAGAUUCUUGAAAUAAUUAAUAUGGCCGAGUUUCAAAAGGUCAUGGUUCCAUUGUUUUGGCGUCUUGGGCACUGCAUCAAUAACUACCAUUUUCAGGUAGCUGAAAGAGCUCUUUUUCUGUGGAACAACGAUCAAGUCGUGAACCUAAUAGCACACAACCGGCAAGUUAUAGUGCCAAUAAUUUUCCCAGCUCUGGAACAGAACUCGGAGCACCACUGGAACCAGGCCGUCCUGAACUUGACUCUAAACGUGAAAAGAAUGCUGGCAGAGAUGGACGACACGCUGAUUGUGGCCUGCAUUGCAAAUUACAAGGAGGACCGAGCACGUAAAAAGUCAGAGGUGGAGAGACGGAAGGAAGUGUGGGAGCGACUGGAGAAUGCCGCGAGUCUCCAGCCAGUGACGGGUAGGACUCCAGUUCUGGUAAGCUUAGUGUAGAGUGGGUUGAUGAUUCUGUUUGCCUUGGGGGUUUUUGUGGUGGGGGAAACCAGAAGGAGCCGCGUCGGAAUCGCCGCCGUUUGGUAUGGUAAGGACGCCCAGCCUGUUGUUGUGACAAACUCUAAUCUGAAUCUGCUGAUGCUGCUCUGUUUCUCUAUCUUUAUCUCUAUUCUCCCCAGAAAGGUCUCUGCCUUACUUAGUAUUUUUACUAAACUAAUUGUUGUUUGUUAGUCUCUCUUUUUUUUUUAUUUCUCUCUCUCUGUCUCUUGUUUUCCUACCCUUUUUUGGCCAACUUAAUUAUAAUUAUUAUCUCUCC